GCAAACUCGCGGGCCGAUCCAGCUGUGUUCCUGCUACACGUGUCGGCGUCCGGUUGUCCGGCUGGCUCAACCUAGCAUCUUUAUAUGCACCCUGCCAGCCAGAGAGGCAGCUCCCUCUCUCUUUGGAUUUCUCAGAUCUCAUUUUAUCUCACCAAUCUUUGAAGCAAGAAGAGAAGUGGAAACUAGGGUUGAGAGAGGAGGGAUUGAGCUGGAGUGGGUCACUAGGGUUUCUGGGUUUGGGUAGCUAGGUUGUUUGAGCCUGGGAAUGGAGAGCACUAUGGUGGAGAAGAGGCAUGACUACAGCUUGGGGUUUGAAGAGACCGAGCUCCGAUUGGGGUUGCCUGGAGAUGGGGAGGCUACGAAGAAGAGGGGGUUCUCGGAGACGAUCGACUUGAAGCUCAAACUCCAAACAGUUGAUUCGAAGGACAUCGAAGCGGAGGCGGAGAAGAUGAAAAGGUCGGCAAGCCAGAAGAACCUCCUUGCUUGCAGUAAUGACCCUGAGAAGCCUCCUGCUCCCAAGGCACAGGUGGUGGGUUGGCCACCGGUUCGAUCUUUCAGGAAGAACAUCAUGUCCGUCCAAUCUGACAAGGGCAACAAAGAGGAGGGUGAGAAGUCUGCCACCUUUGUGAAGGUUAGCAUGGAUGGCGCGCCUUACCUCCGUAAGAUCGACUUGAAGAUGUACAGGAGCUACCAGGAACUCUCUGUUGCACUUGAGAAAAUGUUCAGCUCCUUCACCAUUGGAAAUUGCAGUUCUCAAGGGAUAAAAGGUAGGGAUUUCAUGAACGAGAGCAAACUGAUGGAUCUUAUAAAUGGUUCUGAGUAUGUUCCAACCUAUGAAGAUAAAGAUGGUGACUGGAUGCUAGUUGGGGAUGUACCAUGGGAUGAUUUGCUUUCAAUUAAAUUCAGGAUGUUCAUCGAUUCGUGCAAGCGCUUGCGGAUAAUGAAAGGAUCAGAAGCCAUUGGACUUGCACCGAAAGCCAUGGAGAAAUGCAAGAACAAAAGCUGAAGAAACCACAAGCGUGCAUCGCUUGCUCUGAUCAGUACCAAACUGCCAUGAGCAUCUUGGUGUGUCUUUAUCGUGUUCUUAUAUAUAAAUGUUUGUUUAAUUAAUUAGGAGAUGUGAUAUUUUUUUGUUCAUGGACUAGAAGCAAUACACAUGUUAUGUGCGACGUCUAGCUUGUGUAUGAGUGGUGCGUGUGAUGUUUCGGCCCCUAUUUUUGUUGUAUCUGCCGUAAGAUUUUAUUUCCCUAUUCCUUGAAUUAAUAUGGAACUUUAUUAAGGGUUUCUUCGUACUUAAUCCA